GUGGGCGGCGACAGAUGGGCUGAUUAAAAUAGCGACCAAUUUCUCUCUAUUUAACAUUCUCUCAGUUCUUUGCGUGUGUAAAGAAGCUGACCACCUCCUGGCUCUUCUUAAUAAACAGCUGAAAUGGCUCUGGACGGUAAAACUGCGAUAGUGACAGGAGCGGCGAUGGGAAUAGGGAAAGCGGUAACGGAGAUUCUUCUGAAAAACGGUGCUAAGGUUGCCGUCCUGGACGUGAAUAAAGUUGAAGGAGAGAAUCUAGUUAAAGACUUGAAUAAAGAGUAUGGAGCAGACCGAGCCCUGUUCCUGAGCUGCAAUGUUGAAUCAGAUGAGGAGUUCAAAGCUGCCUUUCAGAAAGCUGCAGAAGCCUUUGGAGCAAUCGACAUCUUGUGCAACAAUGCCGGCAUCUUGAAUGAGGAGAAGUGGCAGGAUAUGAUCUCCGUAAACCUCGCGGGUGUUAUUAGGGGGACUUACCUGGCGCUGGAGCACAUGCGCAAGACGAAUGGAGGUCGAGGAGGGGUCAUCGUCAACAUAGCAUCUAUGGCAGGUCUGCUCCCUUUGCUUACCUGUCCUGUCUAUACGGCUACCAAGCACGGAGUGAUCGGAUUUACUCGAGCCGUUGCGGCUGCCUCUGCAGCAUCAAACUAUGGAAUACGGGUCAACGCUCUUUGUCCAGCUUUUGUUGAAACCGAACUUUUUACGGCAAUCAAACACAAACUGGGACAAUUUGCCCACCUGAAGGGUGUAGCCGACCAGCUUGUGAAAAAGGUUGGGGUGUUAAAUACACCUGAGGUAGCAGAGUGCAUCCUUGAGCUGGUGACAGAUGAGACCAAAAAUGGAGAGGCCUUCAUGGUGCGCACAGAAAUGAAAGGUUACGUCCCUUUUCCAUCACUAAGUAGCACCGAUAAACCUUGAAACCAUCAUGUCGACAUCGGAUAUCAUUCCUUAAGUAUGUAGCAGAUAUGUGAAUAAAAAAAACAACAAAAAACC